AUGCACCAGGGCCCGAAGUUUACCAAAGCUUUCCAGACAGAGGACAACGAACAAAAGCUUUCUGACUUCCUGAACGUCGAGGAAAGGGCGUUCAUCUUCUGUCCAGAGUCAUUAAAAUGCGAAACGGUGAUGCCCAAGAAGGUGCCGAAAGGCAAAACGCUCGUGUUCAUGAAGGUUCUCCGAGGAGCCGUCACGGCUGAUGGGAUCGCUCGCGAAGUCAUGGUUAUGGAGAUGGGCGGUAGUACGCCCUUCGAGCAUCUGGAGCUCUUAGCGCACGAGAUUUUUUUGCCUAUCCUCUCAAAUGCGCAGAACCAGGCGAAGUGGGGGGAGGUGCCGACGCGCGAAAUCAUGGACAGGUUUUACGGGUUUUUGUCUAGCACAACAAUACUAUGUGGCCAAAUAAAGGGGGAAACAAGACUCCCAAUGCCGCCGAUGGACAUUGGAGGGGCAUCUAGUGGAAAGAAUCGGAUAUCACUCCUGGAGGGUGCAAUCAUCACGUGGACAAAGCAGAUCAAGUCGGUGCUGAAGCAGGACCCCGAGAGCCAGCUGAAGCAAGGAAUGCACCCUACUCCCGAUGUUGAGAUCGAUUUUUGGAAAAACAAGGUAUUCACAGCGCGUUUGGAGGCAAACGACAACAUGAAGUACCUCCGGACGUUGGAAGACUGGUUUGACAAGCUCAAUGACGAUGGGGACUUUCCCAAACUACUGGAGCUCUUCAAACCGAUGCUUCACAUCAUCCUGCUGAUAUGGAAAAACAGCAAGCACUACAACACUCCAGCCCGGCUAGUGGUCCUUAUGCGGGAAAUAUGCAACAGCCUUAUCAUCCAGGCGUGUAAGUAUAGCAGCGGACAACAGAUUUUCACGCUCAUUGAGCAAGAAGACGCAGCCAAGGCUGUGGACCAGCUCAAAACGACGCUUUUGGUGUGCGGCACAUUCAAGAGCACGUACUUCGACUACAAGGCCACAGCAAACGCUGAGUGCCCUGCAAACCCGUGGCGAAUACAGAACAACGCGCUGUUUAUGCGCCUUGACAGCUUCCUUGAGCGCUGCCACGACAUCUUGGAUCUCACUCAAACCAUCGUUCAAUUCGGCAAGCUGGCCAAGAUAGAGGUCGGGGGAACAAAGGGGAACACAUUGACAGCAUCUGUAAAGCAGAUCCAUCUGGACUUCGAGGUUGCCGUGGAAAAGUUUAAGGGUGUCCCCUAUGACAUUCUGGACGUCGCCGCAAAGCAGUUUGAUGACGACUUCUAUGAGUUCAGAUGCAGCAUCAAGGAGCUAGAGCGCCGGCUCGGCGCGGUUGUCAGCUUGGCGUUCGACGACUGCGCAACUGUGUAUGGGCGGUUCAAGCUGCUCGAUAGCUUCGAGGGACUACUAGAGCGACCUAUCAUCCAGGACGAGCUGGAGAAGAAGUACGUCGGCCUAGUACAGAGCUACGGUGCUGACUUAAGAAACGUGCAGGAGCUGUUCCUGCAAAACAGAGACGGCCCACCGAUAUCGUGGAACCUCCCGCCCAUUGCCGGAGCCCUAACAUGGUGCAGAGGAUUGGUUGACAGGAUUCAGAUUCCCAUGGCGAAACUUCAACAGCUUGACCGAACUAUCUUGGACAGGGAAGAGGCCAAAGAAGUAGCAAAGGUGUACGCUACGAUAAUUGCGAGUCUUCAAGAGUACGAAAAUCAGAAGAUUGAGGAAUGGGGACGCGAUGUCGAAGCUUCCAGUCAGGCCAAGCUCAAACUACCACUCCUUAUCCGAGAUCUAGAUAAGAGCCUGUUGAACGUCAACUUCGAUCCGGCCUUGGUUAAGCUUCUCCGAGAAGUGAAGUACUUCUUGCUGCUGGGACUUACGGUGCCCGACAGUGCACUUGAGGUCUACAAGCAGGUGGAAAUUUUCAGGAGAUGGACGGGCAACCUCGAUCUCAUUGUCAACAUGAACAACGAUGUCCUGCUUCAACUUCUGCCGGUGGAGAAGCCCCUCGUGCGGCCCUACCUUGACAAGUUUGACCGCGUUAUCAACGCCGGACUCAGCCAAAUGAACUGGAACAGUGUAGGAAUCAAUGAGUUCAUCGAAGAGUCUAUGGAACAGGCUUCGCUGUCUAAGGCAGGAGAACACACAGGCAAGCAUCGCUCUUGCUAUAACUUCCACCCACCUGACUCUGCACCAUCGUUCCACUCGUUUUUGUCAAAUACCGAUCUCCAGGUAACCGCUGUGCACGAGGUGAUGCACACGAUGAAGACAAAUUUGGCCAACAUCAAGAGGGUCCUUGGUGCGUGGGAUCGCCCACUGAUGGAACGCAAGCCAAAACCCGUUGAUCGAGAUGAAUUUGAACGUGCACACAAGGCCAUCAAGAGCUCUCGAUACGCCGAAAUCAAAGAAGGGGGGAAGGAGAUCCACAACAUGCUGAAGGAAAACAACAAGGUCCUCAAAUGCUCUAACGCCUCCCCGGACUGGCGUGGAUACGUAGACUUCGUCAACAACGUGGUCGUUGAUGGCCUAUCCCGCGUGAUAUGCGCGUCUCUAGAGUAUCUGCUAGAUCAGAUCGGAUUCGCGUCGAAUGGCAAAGGUAUUCGAGAUCUCGUCCACAACUGGGUGGGGAGCUUCUUUAGCAUUGCUACGCUCUUCAAGCGCCUCGACAAUGAAGGGACAUACAUUCGCGAGAUGCAGGUGGAAAAAUUGGCAUCUCUGGAUACCUUCAUGAGAGACAUCUCUACAGGGCUGGAUGCAGAGGUCCCGGAAGGUCCAGAAGGCAAGGGCAACCUAAUGAAGGUCAUGAAGGACAUCAGCGAGGUCCGCAAGGCCAUGGAUACAACCCAGGAGAUGUUCGAGCCCUUGCAUCAAAUGAUCGUCAUGCUGAAACAGCACGGGGUCGAUGUGUCGGGAGUACAGGUGGCCGAGAAAGACGUGCAGGAUUUCCUGGAGGAGGCUCCGAUGUCGUGGGACGCCUUGGUGAAGAAGACGUUCCGCAAAAAGGAAGAGAUCCUACCGAUGCAGAUGGCAGAGGUGGAUGCCUUGAAGGAAGAGCUGGAAGGCUUCUUCUUAGCCAUGCGAUCCUUCCGCAAUAAAUUCCGUGCGGAAGCCCCUUUUGCCUUCAAAGGACCUGUGGAGGACGCGUACAAGCAAAUGGAGGAGCAUGCAGCGAGCCUGUUGGAGAAGGAGGUCCAGGUUCGAAGGUACAACGAACUAGAAGAUCUGUUCGAACUGCAAGUGUCUAAGUAUCCCGAGACUCAGGACACACGCAUGGAGCUCAGGCUUCUAAAAGGGCUAUGGGACUCUAAAGCCAUGGUGGAUAGCACAUACGUGGACUGGAGAACAGCUCUGUGGAGUCAGAUCAACACGGAAGAGCUUGAUGACGAGAACAAAGUACUCCUUAAGCAGCUCCGAAAGCAGGGGAACGAUUUUCCGGUCGUGAAAGGAUGGGCGGUAUACCGCGAUAUCGAAGACUCUAUCAAGAACAUGGGUAUGGUGUUACCGCUGAUCAACGAUUUGCAUAGUCCGGCCAUGCGGGUACGCCACUGGAAAAGCUUGGCGGCGGUGUGCGAAGUCAAGGCUGUAAACCCCAGCGAUCCAAAGUUCACAAUGGACGACAUGAUGCAGCUCAACCUCCAUGCCCACGUCGAAGAUGUCUCCAUGAUCGUAGAAACGGCUCAGAAAGAACUCAAGAUCGAAAACAAGCUGGAGGUGAUCGAGGCUGCAUGGAGGGACAUGGAACUGCACUACGUGCCCCACAAAGAUACGGAGAUGUUCGUCGUCCGGCCCUCCGAGGAGCUCGUCGAGAGCCUGGAGGCUCACCAGAUGGAAUUACAAUCCAUGGUGGGAAUGGGCAAGUUCGUUGACUUUUUCCGAGACCGAGUCAUGCAUUGGCAGAAAACACUGGGGAGCGUUGAAGAAGUGCUCAAGCUGUGGGCGAACGUUAGCCGGAACUGGGCAUCACUAGAGAGCAUCUUCCUGGCGUCAGCGGACAUUCGUUCUCAGUUGCCGGACGAUACGAAGCGCUUUGAGGGCAUCGACAGCGAAUUCAAGGAGCUAAUGAAAGAAGCAAUCAACGUACCCAUGGCCGUCGAUGCUUGCGGGGUUGAUGGGCGUGCCGAGGGUCUGAAGUCCAUGAUGCAACGACUAGAAAUGUGCCAGAAGAGCCUCAACGAAUAUCUCGACAUGAAGAAGAAGAUUUUCCCCAGAUUCUACUUUGUGUCCAACGUCGCGCUGUUGGACAUGCUUGCCAACGGCACCAACCCGCCCAAGAUCAUGCCAUACCUCGGCGAUUGUUAUGAUUCGCUGGCAAAUCUUACCUUCAUUACUCUCGAGGACGGAACAACAUCUUCAAAGACUGUUAACGAGAUGGUUGCAAAAGACCGCGAACACGUCAAAACUUUCGAAGAUUUCACCAUGGAAGGCGAGGUCGAGGGGUACCUGAACCGUUUGAGUGAGAUGAUGGUCAUGACUCUCAAACUGCGCCUCAACGACGGAAUCGACACAGCUGUCAAUUGGGAGGUAGAGAAGCCCCGUCACAAGUGGCUUUUCGACUACCCGGCGCAAGUGGUGCUUACCGGCACGCAGAUCUACUGGACAGAAGAAACGGAGGCGGCGUUAGAAGAGUUCGAGGGUGGCCAAGAAGACGCCGUCAAGCGCUAUCUCGGUGUAUGCAAUGCUCGCCUGGCCUGCCUCAUCGACCUCGUUCUAGGCGAGCUCAAGAGGGAGGAUCGUACCAAGAUUAUAUCGCUAAUCACUCUCGAUGUGCACGCCAGGGAUGUCGUGCAAAAGCUUAUCAACGACAAGACCGAAGGUCCUGCAGCAUUUUUAUGGCAACAACAGCUUCGCUUCUACUGGGCGCAGACAAACAUGGACGUGGAUAUCCGCAUUUGUGACUUCAGGUGCAAAUACUUUUACGAGUGGAUUGGCAAUACGGGCCGCUUGGUUAUCACGCCGCUGACUGACCGUUGCUACAUCACCUUAACAAUGGGGCUCCGUCUCUUCCUUGGCGGGGCUCCGGCUGGACCGGCCGGCACAGGCAAGACAGAAACGACGAAAGAUUUAGCGAGGGCGCUGGCCUUGCCUUGCUACGUCUUCAACUGCUCGGACCAGAUGAACUACCAGACCAUGGCCGAUAUUUUCAGAGGCUUGGCACAGACUGGUGCCUGGGGUUGUUUCGACGAGUUUAAUCGCAUCCCUAUUGAGGUGCUUUCGGUGGUGGCCACUCAGGUGAAGACGGUGCAAGAUGCGAUCGUCAAGUACAGCGUACCGGCACACAGGGACCCCGAGUACCAACCCCUCCCCGCCGGCACGCCGCCGGUCAAGGUCGGUGUGUUUGAUUUUAUGGGAGAUAUCAUCAGCCUGAUCCCCACGUGCGGCUUCUACAUCACGAUGAACCCCGGGUACGCAGGACGGACAGAGCUCCCGGAAAACUUAAAGGCUCUCUUCCGGUCUUGCGCCAUGAUUCGACCCGACCUGAAGCCCAUAUGCGAGAACAUGCUCAUGUCCGAAGGGUUCCAGAAAGCACGGACGCUUGCUAUCAAGUUUGUCACUCUGUACGAGCUGUCCUCCGAUCUCCUGUCAAAACAGUUCCACUAUGAUUGGGGCCUGCGCGCGGUGAAGUCGGUUCUGCGAAUGGCGGGUAUGCUGAAGCGUGGGGAGCCAAAUCUGGACGAGGCGGCCAUUUUGAUGCGCGCACUUCGAGACUUCAAUACGCCUAAGAUUCCGGCGCACGACACACCAAUUUUCCUACGGCUCAUUGCGGAUCUUUUCAUGGGGCUGGAGGUGGCAACAAAGAUGGAUGAGACCUUGAAGCAAAAGGUAGUGAGCGUCUCGACGGAGUGGGGGCUUCAAAUCGACGACACAUUUGUGCUCAAGACGGUGCAGUUCCAGGAGUUGCUGGAUGUUCGCCACUCUGUGAUGCUCCUAGGACCAGCGGGUUGCGGCAAGAGCACCAUUUGGAAGACCCUCGCGCAGACACACAACAUGAAUAAACCCAAGAAGACGUGCGUGGUGGAGACAGUAAACCCCAAGGCCGUUACAGGGGAUGAGCUGUACGGGUACAUGACUCUCGCCAAGGACUGGAAAGAUGGCGUCCUGUCAAUAGUUAUGCGUGGAAUGUCGAAGAACUUCUCUGACCAGGGCUUCUACGAGUAUCAGACAUACAAGUGGGUGGUUCUCGACGGGGACAUUGAUGCCGUGUGGAUCGAGUCCAUGAACACGGUGAUGGACGACAACAAGGUUUUGACUCUGGUUUCCAACGAACGUGUCCCACUCAGCGAUGCUAUGCGGAUGGUUUUCGAAAUCAAUUCGUUGAAAAACGCAACCCCGGCCACAGUUUCGAGGGCUGGUAUCCUGUUCAUUAACGAGACCGCCACUCGCGAGGAUGCAAACGAGCGUCAGGUUCUGCCAUCCCUUUUCGAGAAAUACGUGGAGGCAACCAGGACGAUUGUCCGCAAGGGGUUCAAGGAGGUCACACCUCUGCGCGUCCUCAACAAGGUGUGCACCAUCGUCUACCUGCUGGAAGGAUUACUCGAGGAUGUGCCUCCUGAGAAGAAAACGAGCGACCUCAUGGAGCAGUUCUUCGUGUUCGCCCUGAUGUGGGCGUUCGGUGGUCCAAUGGUCGUAGACAAGUCAGACGACUACCGCAGGAAGUUCUCAGAAGAAUUCCUUUCGACGUUUGCUGGCCAAAAAAUCCCGAAAGAAGGCACCUGUUUCGACUACUUUUACGACUGGCAGAGCGACGGCUUCAAAGGCUGGUCCACCCAGGUGCCCGACUAUCAGCCUAUUCCCAUUGGCGUUGGGCCCGGUGAGACGCCGUUUAGUCAGCUGGCCGUGAGCACGAAUGACACUGUGAGAAUGUCGUACAUCAUGAACAAGCUCGUACGCAGGAGCAAGUUUUUGAUGCUCGUGGGUACGGCGGGGACCGGCAAGACAUCAAUCAUCAAGGAGUACCUGCGCAGUCUGGACAAGGAUGCCGAUGGCCUGCUGAGCGUCAACAUCAACAUGAACUAUUUCACCGACUCCGCAGCUCUCCAACAGGAACUCGAAAUGAACAUUGACAAGCGCUCUGGCCGAAGGUUUGGCCCGCCCACUACGAAGCGCCUGAUUACAUUCCUGGACGACAUGAAUCUGCCCUACGUGGAGACGUAUGGAACGCAGAACGCUAUCGCGCUCCUCACGCAGAUCGUCGGAUACGGCACCUUCUUCGACCGAGUCGACCUCGGGUUCCGGAAGGAGAUCGUGGACGUACAGUUUCUGUCCGCCAUGAACCCUACGGCGGGUUCGUUCGAGAUUUGCGAGCGCCUGCAGCGCCACUUCGCCACUUUCGCCUGCCAAAUGCCAUCUGUAUCUGAUCUGAAGCUUGUCUACUCAUCGAUCCUGAGCGGACACAUGCUCGGUUGGGGAGACUCCAUCAACACGAUGUGCGCCCGUGUGGUGGACGCCAGCAUAUUCAUACAUUCCAUGGCGGAUCAGGAUUCCUACAGCGCGCCACUAGAAAUUGCACGGCUAUGGGUACACGAGUGUGAGCGAGUGUUCCGCGACCGUAUCAUCAGUGCAUCAGAAAUGGAAGUGCUGGAUGGCAUGAUGGGCGAGGCAGCCAAGAAACACCUGUCUGAGUUCCAGGCCGAGAUGUUCAAGCAGCCGGUGAUAUUCACAACCUUCUGCGGGAAGGGCAACAGUAGCGCGUACACCUGCGUCCCUGAUGCACCGACCUUGAAAAACACUCUGGAUGGCAAGCUGCAGGAGUACAACGAGAGCAACCCAAUGAUGGACCUCGUUCUGUUCGACCAGGCUAUGGAACAUGUGACCAGGAUAUGCCGUAUCAUUCAAAGACCUAGUGGAAAUGCCAUGCUCAUCGGUGUGGGAGGAUCCGGAAAACAGUCUCUGUCGAGACUUGCGGCGUUUAUCUGCGGGUUUGAGGUCCGACAACUUUCGGUGACGUCGAAGUUCAAGGUGGAUGACCUGAAGGAAGCUCUGCAAGAGAUGUUCAAGACGGCGGGAGUAAAGGGAACCCCGUUGCUGUUCCUCAUGACGGACGGGCAAAUCGUGAACGAGAGGUUCCUCAUUUACAUCAACGACAUCCUCGCCAACGGGUGGAUCAGUGAUUUGUUCCCUAAGGAUGAAAGGGAAGGGCUGGUAGGAGCUCUACGAAACGAGGCAAAGGCAGCUGGGAUUCCGGACACACCGGAAGCUGGCUUGGAGUUCCUCAUCUCGAGGAUCAAGAGCAAUCUCCACGUUGCGUUGUGCUUCUCGCCUGUGGGAGACAUCUUCCGGAUCCGUGCCCGACGUUUCCCGGGGCUAAUCAAUUGUACCUCGGUAGACUUCUUCCACCCGUGGCCAAGACAGGCCUUGAUAAGCGUGGCGGCCCGCUUUUUGGACGAUGUGGAGCUCGGAGAGUUGUCGGUCAAAGAGGGCCUCGCCGUUCAUAUGGCGGAGGAGCACUUGUCGGUCACGAAGGCGUCAACAGAGUACUACGAAACUCAGCGGAGGUACAACUACGUGACGCCCAAAUCAUACUUGGAGCUGAUCGGUUUUUACAAGUUCCUGCUAGAUCAGAAGCGGACGGAGGUGCAACGGCAAAUCGACCGUUUGGACGUCGGGCUCUCCACACUCCGUAAAACUGCUGCCGAUGUGGCUGAGCUACAAGUGGAUCUCACCCACACUAUGGUCAAGGUGGAAGAGAAAAAGGCUGCCACGGAGGUGCUACUAGAAGAAAUGGGCGUGCAGAGAGCCGGUGCUGAAAAACAGCAAGCUGCUGCUAGCAUCGAGGCCGACAAGGCAUCCGUCGCCAGUGCUGAAGCGGCUGCAAUCGAAAAGGACGCCGAGAAAGAACUAGCCCAGGCCGAACCGGCCAUGUUGGCAGCCGCAGAAGCGGUCAACUGUUUGUCCAAGGCCAUGCUCACGGAGCUAAAGAGUCUCCCCAAGCCACCGGCAGGGGUGACAAAGGCGGUUCUUAUCUUGGUGGAGAAGGAGUACAAGAACCACGCUUGGGACCGCGCUAAAAAGAUGAUGGCCAACGUAGACCACCUCAUGGCCUUCCGCGGCGAGGAUAUCACCGAAGACGAGAUCAAGAAGCUAGAGCCCAUUGUGGGGGACGAGACCUUUACUGUGGACAACAUGAAGAGCAAGUCGGCCGCCGCCGCCAACUUGUGCUCGUGGGUCAUUUCCAUCUACACUUACAACCGUAUUUACGUGAAGGCAACAGAAGAGAAGGCGAAGGUGGAGGCGGAGGCAGCGGCUUGUCUGACUCGUCUCUCCCUGGCCGAGCGUCUUGUCGGUGGCCUGUCGAGCGAAAACGAGCGGUGGGGCAACGAAAUCGAGAAGCUCAGGCACAGUGCCACCACUCUCGUCGGUGACUGUAUGCUUGCGAGUGGUUUCGUGUCAUACGUAGGAGCCUUCGAUCAGGCCAACCGGGAUAUUCUCUGGAAGGCCGUGUGGACCCCUGAUAUUGAGGAGCGCAAGAUCCCACUAACGCCAGGGGUUGAUCCCCUGGAUCUCCUUACUAACGACGGGAACAACGCCAAGAUGACUAGCGAGGGACUGCCAGCAGAUCGAAUAUCGCUAGAGAACGGUUCGGUCAUCACGAACUGCAAGCGGUGGCCUCUUAUCAUCGAUCCUCAGCAGCAGGGGAUCAAAUGGCUGCGUAAGCGAGAGGAAGACAACGGCCUCUCGGUGAUUCAGCUCUCCCAGAAGAAGUGGUUACGAGACGUUGAGACUGCCAUCAUGAACGGGCAGACUCUCAUUAUCGAGAACAUUGGCGAGGAAAUCGACCCGACCCUUGAUCCCGUGCUUGCUCGCGCUAUCUACAAGAAGGGGCGAUCCCUUUUCCUCAAGUUGGGUGGGGAGGAAGUCGAGUAUGACCCCGGCUUCCAGCUUUACCUGCAGACGAAGCUAUCCAACCCGCACUACAAGCCGGAGAUCGCAGCACAGGCUGCAGCCAAGGAGAUUGCUGCUGCGGUAGAGAAGGGCAAGCUGACCGAGAUUGAAAUCAACGUGGCUCGCGAGCUGUACCGCAAGCAAGCCACGGAAGGAGCCAUGCUUUACUUCCUCCUCACUAAGCUAUGCCUCAUCGACCAUAUGUACCAGUACUCGCUGGACUCUUUCGUGACCUUCUUCCUCAAAUCCAUUACCAAGGCCAAACCGUCGGACACGGUCGACGGGCGAGUUCUUAAUUUGCGCGACGCCUUGCGCAUGACCAUCUUUACCUGGGUCAGCAGAGGAUUGUUUGAGCGCCACAAGCUGAUUUUCCUGUCACAGUUGGCCUUCAACCUGAUGAAGAGAGGAAUCCUAGGAGAGGAAAGCAUUAUCAACGAGAUUCACUUCCAGUUCCUUCUUCGAGGACCACGAAAGCAGGUGGACGACAACCCUCUACCAUGGCUGCCAGAACCAGCAUGGCAAGGGGUGUCAGCUUUGGGAGAGUUAGAAGAAUUCGCUAAGUUCAGCUCUGACCUUGUGGAAGCUGGUCCGCGUUUCCGAGAGUGGUUCAACCACAUCACGCCCGAAACGGAAAAGCUCCCACUCGACUGGGCAAGCCUGGACCGCGUGCCGUUCCAGAAAAUGCUGGUAGUACGCUGUCUUCGGCCAGAUCGAAUGAACACGGCCUUAUCCAACUUCAUCCGGGGAUCUCUGCCGGACGGGAACUCUUACGCAGACUGCGACUCCACGCUCAACUCGUUCCAGAUCCUGGAAGAGUCAUUCCUGGACUCGACUACGACUACGCCAAUUUAUUUCAUCUUGUCGCCGGGUGCUAACGUGGUGGGAGAUCUUGACAAAUUGGCCGAUAAAUACGAGUUCGUGAAGAACGAGUCGUAUCACAACGUGUCCAUGGGACAAGGGCAGGACGUUGUGGCGAUGUCUUGCCUUGAACUUGCCCACCGCAACGGGCACUGGGUGAUCCUCAAUAACAUCCACCUCAUGCCGAGCUGGUUAAUCGAACUCGAGAAGAAGUUGGACGAGUUUGCUCUGGAAGGGAGUCACGAAAAGUUCCGGCUUUACCUUUCCUCCGAUCCAUCCAACGCCAUUCCUAUCGGCGUGCUCAGCCGCUGCAUCAAGCUCACCAACGAGCCUCCGGCAGGGCUGAAGGCGAACCUCAAGCGAGCUUUCGCCAACUUCAGCCGAGAGUACAUCGAAGAGGCGGACAGCAAGACGAAAAGCAUUUUGUUCGGCCUGUGCCACUUCCACGCCAUAAUGAUGGAGCGUAAGCUGUACGGGCCCAUGGGCUUCAACAUGAUGUAUCCAUUCUCCAUUGGCGACCUGCGCGACUCCGCCGUGUGCCUCACCAACUACAUGGAGAACUCGGGCGGGGGGAAAAUCCCUUGGCAAGAUCUGAAAUACAUCUUCGGGGAAAUCAUGUACGUUUGGGGAAUCAUGUACGGUGGUCACAUCGUCAACGAUUUUGAUCGACUACUGGCCAACGAAUACCUUGAUUGGUACAUGAAAGACGAGCUUUUGGAUGAGACAGAACUAUAUCCCUUCGCUGAAGACGAGAAAGGCGUCAGUUUUCUGACACUGAUGGAGCUACAACCUCGUGAUGCGGCAUCGGGAGAGGGCAUCAUGUCUCCCGAACAAAUGGUGGGAGGCAUGUCGGAGACUAUCCUUGACAAGUUCGGGGAGAAGAAGUUCGACGUCGAGGACAUUGGGCGGUCACUCGAGGAAGCUGGUCCCUACCAGAAUGUCUUCAUGCAGGAAAUGGACGUGAUGAAUACACUUCUGGCGGAGAUCGUUCGGUCGCUCAAGGAGCUGCAGUUAGGAUUUGCCGGGGAGCUCACAAUGUCCGAUGCGAUGGAAGGGCUCAUGGAUGCUCUUUACCUGGAUAAGGUCCCUGCGACUUGGGCCAAGCGCGCCUGGCCAAGUUUGCGACCUUUGGCAAGUUGGUUGGCGGAUUUCACUCUGAGACUAGGGCAGCUGGAGGAGUGGCAAAACAACCCAAUGGAGAUUCCGAAGGUGACAUGGAUCUCGGGGUUGGUCAACCCGCAGUCGUUCCUGACUGCCAUUUGUCAGGUAACCGCCCAAAAGAAUCAAUGGGAACUGGACAAGCUGCAGACGCAAAGUGAGAUGCUCAAAAAGUUUGCGGUGGACGAGGUGGACUCUCACAGCAAAGAGGGGGCAUACAUCAUCGGCCUCAGCAUGCAGGGGGCACGGUGGGACCCCAACUCGGUCAGCAUCGAGAAGAGCAAGGCAAGAAACGGCCUAGAGAUGCCAAAGGAGAUGUUCUGCUCGAUGCCCAUCAUGAGCGUCAAGGGUGUGGCGGCAGAUCGCGUGGACACCCAGGGGAUUUACCUCUGCCCGUGUUACAAGACGGAGCAGCGAGGCCCCACUUAUGUGUUCUCCGCCCAGCUUAAGACCAAGUCGCCGGCGGGCCGAUGGGUUUUGGCUGGUGUUGCGCUGAUCAUGGAUGCGGCAUAAAACUUGCUUGCGUUCGUGUAUUUGCUCACGCAUAGGCUGCAUUUUGUGU